AAUCCAUUUGAUUGGUGAGGUGCUGAUUGGGAAUCUCCGUCUCACAUCAUGUUUUAUGCUUUUGUUCACCCCGUUCUUGAUACCACCUACCACUACUCGAAACACACUUGGACAAAGAAGUGUCAAAAUGGACUUUAUCGUACGUUACCUUGUCAAGCUUUGUCAGCAAAGAAGCUACCGACAACCACACUAAAAAUGCAAAUCGAAUGCGCCGAUCCUCAUCGAAGGAAGCUUUUAGAAACUCUCUUGACUUCGUCACUGUUCUUCUUGCUGCCCAAAAAUGCUUCUGCAAAGUCGGGAGAGUCAGCAAAGCUGUCUAUAUUUGGUGUUGAAGGUUUGAGUUCCCCUUUUACCGCAGAUCUAAAGUCAAAAGGCCAACCAUUAUAUAAAAAUUUAAACGAAGAAGAAAUUUCAAGAUAUACAAAGGCAAUAACUGACGGAAAAGCUUCACUGUCCAAAAUACCUGGGUAUAUUAACGAAAAAAGUUGGGAAGACAUCAAGAGUUUAGUGCGUCAAAGAGUUGCAGAUUUGAGAUCAGCUCAAAAGAAGAUGAUGGCAUCAAUUUCAGAGCAAAGAAUUCGACAGAAAGCUGAAAAACUUUACGAUAGCUUCAUAAAAUCAAUUGAGGACAUAGACUACGCGGCGAGACAGAAGAAUGGAGAUAAAGUCCGUCAAGCACAACAGCAAGCGAUGAAAUUAUUGCAAGAGUGGGCUUCAGCUGCCGGCGUUGCUAUUUAAUGUUACGGUUAAAUAGCCAGUUGCUUCUUCUCAUUGGUGAGACUUUUUUCUCUCGGGUGACAUUGUUUUCAUUUUGUUCAAAUAAAAGACAAUUCCCGUAAAUAUUACUGUUAGUGUCAUAGAAGGAUAAAAAAUAUUUAAUUUUC